UAUGUAUGUAGAACCACCGAUGGAUUGGAAAAAAGCGUUUGAACGAUAUCUGCACAAUAUUCCAUGGUAUUAUUAUUCGAUACUCUCUAAUACAUUGAAGCAUUACGGAAUUUAUGGCAAUAUAUUUCCAAUGUUAAAUUUAGAGAGGUAUGAUUCUUGGUGUAAACAACUCACGAAAGAAGCAGAACUCAGAUUCAAUCAACUGAUCGAUGAAACUGUCUCCAAUCGUUUGGUAUGUUUGUAAUCUUUUCAAUCCUUUAUUAUUACCUAAAAAGAUAAACGAAUCAGAUUUGUUAGUAGCUAAAACGGAUAGCAAAAGAUGUGAAUUAUUUGACAUAAUGGAAACGAUGAUAGAAUACGAUCCAAAACAUUCAUUACCUAUUGAUAUUAUGGGAUAUCAUAUACCAGUGGUGAAAGAAAAAUCCAAACUAGAACUAAGAGAUCCCGAAAUAUAUCAUGAUAAGGUACCUGAUAAGCGGGCAUACGGGAAUCCUUAUAAAAACCCUGAUAAAUAUAAGAAGGUAGUUCCACAUCGUAAGAUACCGAAAUGGUCUCCAGAAAGACGAACAAAGUUAUUAACAAAUCCUACAGGAAUUGUUUUCAACGGUUCAAUUAAAAAUGAGGUUUUACCAUUUAAAAUAGUUCCUGGAAGACAAAUAAUACCAAAUAUAACGAAGAUACACGUAAAUACUAUGUUGCCAAGGAAUCCUUUUGAAGUGGCUAUUCCGGCUAUCCCGGUAGUUAAAAUUAAUAAAAUAACGAACGGUAAAAUGCGCGAUUAUAGCACUAAAUCUAUAACACCUCCACCAACACCACCAAUUGAUAAAAUGUCACCGGCAAACUUAUCAGAUGUUAUGGAAGUAGAUGAUAUACAUAAUCUAUCAACAGUUACAGUAAAUGGAACUAACGGUGUUAUUAAUUCAAAUUAUGAACAAUCUAUGAUACAAAAAGCAUCAUAUAAUGUUACUCCGGACAAUAAAUCAUUAAAUGGUAUUAAUACGCUAAAGAAAACUGAACCAGCACAAUAUUCGAAUUCUGAUUUUGUGAGUUGGGUGUCAACUGACAAAAUUUUUAAUAAUUCGGAUGUAUUAGAUCAGACAAAAUCAAAUUCUUUAGAUUCCUUGAGAAGAGAGUCAAUACAGCAGAAAGCAACAGUAAAUGGACAUUCUGCAGAAUUGUCAUUAUUAAAUAAGUCAAAUUUAAUGACAUCACCGCCGCCAGAACCUAGCGGAUUAGAUAUUUUGAGUCAGGUUGCUCAAGAUUUUGGUAAUAUAAGGCUUGGUCGACGUAUGAAAUUAUCUCAAAGGGUAAAUCAAAGAUUAACUACAUUACAACCAGUAAAGGUUGACGAAAAUUUGUCAAAGUUGGCAUUUGAAAUCAAGAAAAAAAUUCAGAGUACAAAAAUAGGUGAUGAGUCAAUUAUCAACCAGGUUCAAGAAAUCACAGAAUCAGACUUUUCAAAAGAAUCCAAAGCAUAUUUUGUAUUAUCAAUUCAAAAAUAUGCCAUAGCAUCUUCCAAGAAGGACUUGUCAAAAAAGCUACAACCAAUCAUUGAUAAUCUACAAUCAGGCUUAACAAAACGAGUAAAUUCUCGUCUUACAAAACAACUAAACUUUGUUAAACCACGGCAAAAUUAAUGGACUAUUUAUAAUUAAAUAAAAGUGAAAUUCCUAGAAAAAACAAAAAAUGAGGAAAGUUGAAAGGAAGUUGAUAAAAAAAAAUAAGAGAAGGGUGAUUUUCAAAAUUUGUUUAAAAAAUAAGGUGAUUAAAAAAAUUAAAUCACUUUUUUAAUUUAAUUUAUUGAAGGAAGUUUUUUUUUUUUUAAGAUUUUCAAAAGUAUUAAAAGUAUUUAUAUAAUAAAAUGUAAAUAUAUUAACUUAUUUAAAUUUUAAUCAAAAUUUAUUUAAAUUAUAUCAUUUUAAAUUAUUUAUACAUACAAUUGUCAUAAAAAU